AUGGCUAAGACGAUCGAUUAUGAUUUCAAUUUCCCUAACAUUACCGCUGUAGGAAAAUUUAAGCUUAGCGACUUGCUUGAUCUGCGCAAUAUCUUGGGUUUACGUUCAGACUUCAAGGCACAGGGUGACUUUAAUAUUGGCUUCGAAAAUUUGCGCUUAAAUGGCUCGUUCCGUUAUGAUUUGCCCAUAAUAUUUGGCUCAUUUCGCAUUCAUGACCUACAAAUGACUUUGAGCUUAGAGAGCGUAAGUUUCCAAUUGCAAGGUGUCAUAAAUUCUAAGUCCAUAACAAAUCGGCUUAAUAAUCUGCUCGAGCAGCAGGUGUUAAUUCAAUUUAAUAAGUAUAAAAGUAUUAUAAGCUGGCUGGCAGCGCACACAUUAGAGACACAGGUUAAUCGUCUGUUGUUCGGCAAGAAGAUUUGGUAUUUAACUCGUUUGGCAAUUAUGAAAUCGCCCGAUAAGGAUGCAGCUGUUCCACUUGAGCAAUAA